GCCUUGGUGGAUUCUAGUAUAUUUUGUAUCCAUGGUGGGCUCUCUCCGGAUCUGAAAAAACUCGAUCAGGUAAGAAAAUGUGCGACCAGCGCUUUUGCUAAGAUACAUCUGUCGUUCUGUCAUCGACCGUUCCGUCUGUUCACAUUUCAGCUCAAUCAGAUUCGCCGUCCGACAGAAAUCCCGGAUAUUGGAAUCAUUUGUGAUCUUCUCUGGUCUGAUCCAGAUAAUGCCAGCAACGGUUGGGGUGAGAAUGAACGAGGCGUAUCAUAUACGUUUGGUGCGGACGAGGUGCAAAAAUUCAUGGACAAAUGUAGCGUGAGCUUGAUUGUUCGAGCGCAUCAAGUGGUCGAGGAUGGAUACGAGUUCUUUGCCGAUAAAAAGACGACCACAAUAGAGCUCUGGUUUUCGGAGGGCAAAGACAAGCAGGCAGACGAGAUGAUUCUGGGUUACACUGAUUCAGUUAAAGCGCACAAAAGUCUAAGCAGCAUAGCCCCUGAGAUGACACGUGCUGAUUAA